UGCUCAGGUUUGAUCAGGUAACUGUCCGCUUCAGUGCUGUUCUCUCUUCCAGGGCUUCGGGAACCCUAGAACUACUUCCCAAGAGGAAAGUAGACCAAGCUACCUCCAGAGAGAGUUCUAGCGGUGGCCUGUCAGCUCCGACCAUGCAUUGGCUAUGGAAAAUUCCAAGACUUUUCACCCUCUGGGGUAGUGAGAGGUCCAGCCGUACUUUCCAUAUUAAUGUCAAGAAACUAAUGCCCAUACAGUGGGGCCACCAGGAAGUGCCUGCCAAGUACAACUUCGCUAGUGAUGUGAUAGAUCACUGGGCCAACUUGGAGAAGGCUGGCAAGAGGCCCCCAGGUCCAGCCCUAUGGUGGGUGAGCGGCAGUGGGGAAGAACUAAAGUGGAACUUCAGAGAACUGAGCGAAGUCAGCCAACAGGCAGCCAAUGUUCUCUCAGGGGCUUGUGGCCUGCAGCGUGGCGACCGCGUGGCCGUGGUGCUUCCCCGAGUCCCGGAGUGGUGGCUGGUGACCCUGGGCUGCAUGAGGACUGGCCUUGUUUUCAUGCCUGGAACCAUACAGAUGAGAGCCACAGAUAUACUCUACAGGCUGCAGUCAUCCAAGGCCAGGGCUAUUGUGGCUGGGGACGAGGUGGCCCAGGAAGUGGACGCUGUGGCCCCUGACUGCUCUUUUCUGAAAAUCAAGUUGCUGGUGUCUGAAAAAAAGCGAGAAGGAUGGCUAAACUUCAAGGCAUUGCUAAAGGAUGCAUCCACCACUCAUCACUGUGUGGAGACUGGAAGCCAUGAGGCAGCUGCCAUUUACUUCACCAGUGGGACCAGCGGCCCUCCCAAGAUGGCAGAACACUCCCAUUCCAGCCUGGGCAUCAAGGCCAAGAUGGACGCUGGCACCUGGACAGGCCUGGAUGUCUCUGACACAGUAUGGACCAUCUCAGACACAGGUUGGAUAGUGAACAUUUUAACCUCGCUUCUGGAACCUUGGACUUUGGGAGCAUGCAUAUUUGUCCAUCUUUUGCCAGAGUUUGAUCCACAAACUGUUCUAAAGGUGCUUUCCAGAUACCCUAUCAACAGCUUGGUCGGUGCCCCCCUCAUUUACCGGAUGUUGCUACAACAGGAUCUUUCCAGUUACAAGUUCCCACAUCUGCAUAGCUGCUUCAGUGGAGGGGAGAGCCUUCUGCCAGAGACUCUGGAGAACUGGAAAGCCAAGACGGGACUGGAGAUCAGAGAAUUUUAUGGCCAGACAGAAACGGGACUCACCUGCAGAGUUUCCAGGACGAUGACGGUCAAACCGGGCUACCUGGGAACAGCCAUUCCUCAUUAUGAUGUACAGGUGAUUGAUGAGCAUUGCAAUGUCCUGCCCCCUGGCAAGGAAGGAGACAUAGCCCUCAGGGUGAAGCCCAUCCGGCCCAUAGGCAUCUUCUCUGGAUAUGUGGACAAUCCCAAGAAGACACAGGACAAUAUUCGAGGAGACUUUUGGCUUCUGGGAGACCGGGGAAUCAAGGAUGCUGAAGGUUACUUCCACUUCAUGGGGCGGACAGAUGAUAUCAUCAAUUCCAGUGGGUACCGAAUUGGACCAUCGGAGGUGGAGAAUGCAUUGAUGGAGCACCCAGCUGUGGCUGAGACAGCUGUGAUCAGCAGCCCAGACCCUACCAGAGGAGAGGUGGUGAAGGCAUUUGUAGUCCUAGCCCCUGAGUUCCUGUCCCAGGACCGAGAUCAGCUCACCAAGAUGCUGCAGCAGCACGUGAAGUCAGUGACAGCACCCUACAAGUACCCCAGGAAGGUGGAGUUUGUCUUAGACCUGCCCAAGACCAUCACAGGAAAAAUUGAGCGAGCAAAGCUUCGAGCCAAAGAAUGGAAAAAAACAUCGGGACAAGCCCAAGCCCAUUGAGAUUCCCCAGGCUGUCACUGGGGUUCUGUCUUCCCCAUUCAUUUUCUGUGACUUCUCAGUCUUCCUAUGGAGAAAUGAAAUUAUUCAUGCAGGGGCAUGUAUGUGA